UGAAUAGAAAAGCAAGUUUGAGCUCCUUUCUUCCUCCUCUUGUCUUCUCUCAGACUUGCCCUCCUGUCUCCGCAUGCAGUCUUGUUCUUCAUCUUCUCCUUCUUUGGAAAAUUUUGGAUCUUUUUGUUAGAGGGUUGUGUUUAAGCCAGUUCUAUUUCUAUUUUGUUGUGGAUCUAUUUGGAAAAAAAGAAGAAGAAAAAUUGCAACUUCUGUGGCUCUUGCUCAAGCAAAACCCUAAGUAGUUGUGGGUCCUGCUCUGAAUUCGCCUCUCGUAAUCUAAUCUCUGAAGCUCUUUUGAUUUUUGGAUCAGCGGAUUCGUAUAAACGAAGGUUGAGAAAAAUGAUAAUAGCAAAGCAGUACCGCUGUAUUCACUCAGCAAGCUGUCAGUGCACAAAAGGGCAUCUCAGCGAGGAUGUACUGUUCCUCAUGUUUCAGCAUCUGAACUGGAACCCUAAACUUAUUGCAACUAUGUCUUGUGUGUGUAAAUGGUUUGAUGAUCUCGCCAAACGACUGCUGUGGAAGGAAUUCUGCAGAGCUAGGGCGCCCAAAAUGAUGCUUGACCUCCAAUCCAGUGGGAGCCACAGCAUCGACGGGAACUGGAGGGCACUUGGGAAACUUCUUAUUUACUGCUCAGGUUCAAGCAAGGGAGGACUCUUCAGCGAUGUUCAAAUCCCUGGUCAUUUUGUUUACAGGACCCGUUUCUCUAGGACAUCAGGAAAGAGCUUCCUUCCUUCACAAUGCAAAACUGACGUUUUAUACGUUUCUGAUCCAUGUGAACACCUUGAUCAAGGGGAGGAGGGUGACUUGGGAUUCUUCCGUGGGAUUUUCAAGUCUUUUUCUGCGUCAAAUGUCCGUAAAAUGCUUAUCAAGAAGGGGGUAACGUUCCAUCCCACAGAGGUUUGCCCAUAUUGCAAGGCGAAACUAUGGAGUAUGCUUCAGGCUAAAAUGAUACCACAGACAGCUAGUUGUAGGUUGGGAGCCUAUGAGGAUUGCGUUGAAUAUUACGUGUGUCUCAACGGACAUAUGCUCGGUGUUUGUACACUCUUGCCCCUGUCUGAUUCUGAGGAAGCAUCCGAGCUUGAGUGACUACAAGAAUGGAAAUCCCCAGGCGUUUCAUUCAAUCAUUACUGGAUUUGGAUUUCAGUUUAUCGGUCUUUGCAUAUAAUUGGGUGGUGUAUGUAUCGUCAGCCAGCGUCAGUUGCUUUGGGCAAUCCAUUAUUUGACAGUCUGCAUGUAUAUAUAUGAACAACACUUCGGAAGUUCGAGUUGAGUUUGAGGCAUAUCUUGUUGUCUUUUCAUACUCUGUUUGGUCACAUUUCUUGAUGUAGCUUGUCACUUGUGUUCAUAAGCGGUUUCCCUGCCUGUAAUGAAACAUCUCUGGAAAAAUUAUGAUCUUUUGAUAAAAACA